CGGAGAGGGGAGAAGCCGCCUCCACCUCUUGUCAAAGUACAGCAGGAAGAUCCCACUAUGCCGCUACACUUUGUCUACAGCCACCAGGAUUUUAUCACAAAUGUGUGUCGGGCUGAUGGAAGCAGUUCCUGUGUGGCACCAACGCCAACAAAGUUUGACACAAUUCUACAAGCUGGCUGGAAAGACAGAAUGGACAGGGGAUUUUUUCGCUACCAUCUGAGUGAUGUGGAGACACGAAUCCUGCCAGGCCCGCACAAAUUUGUCACCCAGCUGAAUGUCAAAAGGGCACAAGAGAAACGAAAGCCUCAGGAGAUCCUGAGUGUUCAGCAGGAGUUCAAUGACAAGCUGUUCAAUUUCAACAAAAUCAAUCCAGAAGAAAUCAUAUUUGAGGCUAUGAAGGAUGCUGGUUGGGGGCCAGGUGCGCUUGAAAACGGAAAGUUACAACAACCCUGCAGGAUGUCUGUUAUGGUCAAUGUAAGCCCUUUGGAAUUUGGGCAUUGUCUGUUGGUUCCAGAUCUAGAACACUGUUUGCCACAAGUCCUGACAGCUUUUGCCAUUCAGGUUGGAAUUGAAUCUGUGCUCCUGAGCUCCAACCCAGGUUUUCAUGUGGGUUUCAACAGUCUUGGAGCAUUAGCGUCUGUCAAUCACUUGCAUUUACAUGUUUAUUACCUAAACCACGAGCUAAGGCUUGAAUCUGCAUCACUCGAACCACUACUUCCUGAAAAGGGAUUUUAUCGCUUGACGGACUUUCCCAUCGGCUUUAUGUUUUACACAGAAUUAGACUGUGUGGAGAAAGUUGCCAGUGUCGUUUGUCAAGUCACAGACUUUCUUGUUGCUGGUAAUGUGGCUCACAACCUGUUCAUGACCCGGGGAUGUCCACCUAAUGACCGUAUGCAGAAUGAAAUGGAACGCGCCUCGAGGGCUGGUGUGCGUAUUGCUGUGUGGCCCAGAAAAUCCUGCUUUGGUGUCAAAGACCAAUCUGCUUUCAAUAUUGCACUUUGUGAACUAGCUGGACACUUACUCUUCAAGAACAAGCAGGACUUUGAUCUCACGAGUGAGGAACAUAUAAUUGGUAUAAUUCAGAAGUAUCUUCUGCCUGAUGCAGAAUUUAGCAGCUUGGAACAGCAGCUUACUCAUUACUUAAGAGAUGCAUAAUGUUUGGAUAAAACUGUGUUUAAAACGAGGAAAGAUGUUAAGACUAGAGCCCGAUCAAUAAAGGUUUUUUGGGGUUGCUCAUAUUGAUAUCAAGGAAUUGAAAAUUUACAAUAUUGAUACAUCUGCUGAUACUUUCAUAAAAAAUUACAAGGAAACAUUUCAUUAUUAAACCCUUAUGACAGA